CAUUUACAGCCAUAAUCUGUGGAUCUAUUUGUGAAUCAAAUCGGAAAGUAUCUGGAAAGGUAGCAUUUAUUUUUUGCUGAUCUACUCCCAAGUUUCAUUGUCUACUAUAACAAAGCUAAGAAACUUCAAGGAAAUAUACUGGAUUAAAAUGAGCCAGACUUGCAUACCUGAUGUUAUGGAUUUGCAGUCUAUAAAGCCAGUCAGGGAUCUUCUGCAAGAGGGUAUUGAGUCUAUUUGUAGUAUCAGUACAUCCCUCUUUGAUGCCCAUGUAGAUCACAACACUGGCAAAUGUUUUGAUUAUGAACAAAUCAGGAAACACAUUGCACAUGCUGACCAGUGUCUGAAUAGGUCAGAGAAGAUGAGUGAAGAAAAACUGAGAAGUUUGGAUGAAUCUAUAGAGCGUCUUCUAAAAAAGAAGGAAUGUGGUGUCCAAAAACAGAAAGAGAAAAACAUAGCCAUGAAUAAACUGCACACACACAAGACAAGUGCGGAAGAAAUGCUGAAUAUUUCCAAGGCAGCUUUGGAGCAGGCAGGAAAAAACCUAUCCUCAGAAAAAGAAGCAUUAGAAAAAGAGAAAGCAAGGAUGAACUCAAGUGCAGUGUUAACAGGUGUUGGGGCAGGACUGCUUGUAAUACCAGUGGCUGGAUGGAUUGCUGGUCCAAUAGUCAUGUAUGGGGGAGUAUGUGGAAUUCAUGAUGCAAUAAACGGCAUCAAUUCUGCUGUGAACAAUAUAGAAAAGGCUGAAUCUCAGUUGAGAGAAUAUACCAGUAAGGUGUCUAAUUAUCAGUCCAGAAUCUCUGAAUUACAGAAUGACAUCAAGAUAACAAAUAAAGAACUAACUAAGAUUCAAGAGGAGAUUGAAGGGCUCAAGCAGCAUCUAGUGGAAAUAGCUGAAAUUCAGAAAACUGUCAGGCAAGCUGUACACCUUCUGAGUGUUCUUAGUGGAAGAGUCGCUGUAUUGGAAAAACAAACUCAACGUUUGAUCAUCUGGGUACCUGUGAUGAAGGUGAUGGAAGAUGUGAUGAAGGCAGCAUUAAAAAUAGCAGAGAAUCAGUUCUUCUAUAGUCGGGGUCUUCCAGGCAUCAUAAAUACUUUGAGGGAAAAUAUGGAUAGAAUAUUGGCUAUAUGCAAUUCACCCAGCAAUUCAGAAUAUGACAGCUAUUACUGACAAUCCCCUUUUAAUAUUAGAACCAGGGCUUGACAUUAACAUCCGCCAACCCACCAAAUGCAGGUAGAUUUCUGAUGUGAUGGGUAAAGGCCAGUUCACACUGGUCAGACAACUACCAACUCCAACAGACACCAACAGAAACCAACAGACAACCACAUUCUAAAGUCUCAUUUACUUUGAUCCAACAACUGCCAACAGGGGUUUCACACUGGUCAGACAGACUCCAACAUCUGACCAGUGUGAAGUGGCCUUAAGACAGCCAAUCCCACUAGCCACUUUGUAAGGUUGAAUAUAAUUUUUUUUGUUUUCUUUAAAGAUAUGCGAAAUGAUAAACAAUGCGUAAUGCAACACUGGCAAACUAUAGAGAGCUUGAGCACUGAUGGUUUUGAGAAUGCAGCGACACAGUCUGAGCACACACACACUUCGGGAAAUAUAAGACAAUUGCAUGGAAGUGAUUGAAGAGAUUUAAAGUGUGUGCACACUCUCUGGGCAAAAGCGGAGAGAAAUUCAUAGCGCAUACCUGAAUACACAUGUCCUAGUAUUGUCCAAAGUCAAGGGAAACCCGCGAGCAGAGAGGUUCACGCAUCAUAUUAAUGUAGGCUACUUUGGGCAACAAAAAUGCCCUCUUGACAUUUGCCUUGAGUAGAUUAAAGCUAACUAUUGCAAGAUAAAUAUAUUUUCUAGACAAAUUAUGUGAAUGCUUUGUUAAAGAACAAAGUAUUUAGUUCAGACUUAAAGUGAUCGACUGUGUCUGAUUCUCAGACAUCAGAUGGCAAACCAUUCCAGAGCUUAGGGGCUAAGUAGGAAAAGGAUCUACCAUCUUUUGACACUUUUGAUAUUCUAGGGAUAAUUAAGACACCAGAAUUUUGUGACUGCAGUGUACGUGAUGGAUUGUAUUCUGAUAGUAAUUCUCUAAGAUACAAGGGUGCUAGGCCAUUUAAGGCUUUGUAGGUGAUUAGUAAUAUUUAAAAAUGUAUACAAUAUUUAACUGGUAGUGUAAAAAUGCCAAAAUUGGGCUUAUGUGGUCAUACUUCUUAGUUCGAGUGAGCACUCUUGCAGCGGUGUUUUAAACAAGCUUAAGCUUGUUUGCCUGAUAUGCAUGGCAUCCCCCGAGUAACAAAUUACAAUAGUCUAUUCUAGAGGUCAUAAAAGCGUGGAUAAGCUUCUCUGCAUCUGAGGCAGCCAAUAUAUGGUGUAUUUUUCAGAUAUUUCUAAGAUUGAAGAAAGCUGUGCGGCAGACGUUGGAGAUAUGACUAUCGAAGGAUAAAUUGCUUUCGAAUAUGACACCUAGGUUCUUAACUGUGGAAGAUGGCACCACGUGCCGCCAUAUAUGGGCUACUUGUAACCUGACAUAUUUUGUUUGGAGCGAUUCGGUUCAAUAAUAAGUAUCUCUGUCUUACUGAAGUUUAGCAUAAGGAAGUUAUGUGCCAUCCAGUCACUAAUAUCGCUUAUACAGUCUGUUAGCUAAGAAAACUGUUGGAUUUCGCUUGGAUGUCACAAUAUGUAAAGCUGGGUAUCAUCUGCAUAGCAGUAAAAACUGACAUUAUGUUUCCUGAUAAUGUCUCCUAGAGGUAACAUAUAUAACGAGAAUAGGAUAGGACCUAAAACCCUGUGGUACGCCGUAUUUAACCGGGGAGUGAUAUGACUUUUCCUCAUUUACAUAAAGUGAUAUUGAUUUGUUAGAUACGAUCUAAACCAGGCUAACGCCUGACCACUAAUGCCAACAUAAUUUUCUAGUCUAUCGAGUAAGAUUGUGUGAUCUAUUGUGUCAAAGGCUGCACUAAGGUCUAGUAAUAUAAGAAUUUAGAUUUCACCACAAUCGGAUGUUAAAAGGAGGUCAUUUGUAACUCUAAACAGCGCUGUCUCUGUGCUAUGGUGGGGCAUGAAUCCUGAUUGGAACUUUUCAUACGUAUUAUUAUUCACUAAGAAUGCACAUAGCUGACUUGCCACUACCUUUUCUAAUAUUUUAGAAAGAAAAGGGAGAUUAGAGAUUGGUCUAAAAUUAUUAAGAUCUCCCUGGUCAAGGUGUGGUUUUUUAAUGAGCGGUCUAAUAACUGCUAGUUUGAAAGCUGUUGGAUUGUACCCUAGUUUUAGCGAUUAGUUAAACAUAUUCAAUACUGGGUCUGACACUAAAGGGAAUACCACUUUAAGUAAUGUUGUGGGAAUGGGGUCUAAUAUACAGGACGAUGAUUUGGAUGAUGUUACUUAUUUAGAGAGCUCUUCUAUUGUAGUAGGUUUAAAUGACUCAAGAUGUUCGUAUGGUAAUCUAGUGUUAAAUGUACUAUUGGGUAGAGUGGUGGCUGCUUGCGUAGCUUUGAUGUUUUCCCUAACAACCGUAAUUUUGAGUAAGGAAGUUCAUGAAGUUGUUAUUACUGUGUUGAAAUUUAGUAUCGGUUUCUGUUUAUUCUUUCUUUCUAGUCGGUUUCGCAACUGUACUAGAAACAAGCUAACAGUAAAAUUCAUGUGCAUGUUUUGACAAUAUUUACUGCUAUUUUUAAUAAAUAUUUAAAUUGUUUGUCUAUUGUUUGUGUGGUCAAUCUGCAUUUGAAAGUCAAUCUGCAUCUUAUCUAGCUAAAUCAAAGUAAACAUACUCAAAAUAAAGUCAU